AUGUCCGAUAUGGCUAUCCAACACCCUGCGGAGCCCGUUCCAAUCCAGAAUGGUGCUCCGCGAAACCCUGAUUAUGCUUCCUCGACCACGACAUUCAGUACCAAGGGACCGUCACGUAUGCCAACAUAUAUAAGUAGUGUUGGCGAAGAGCGCGAAAGCAAGGUUCCUCAGAAUCUGCUUUCCAGGAGGCCAAGCAUUGAUCUUGACGAUUACUUUGUUGGACCGCGAAACCUCGAUCGACACUCGAAAUGGCCGACUUUCCUUCGGCUGCACGGCAGCGUGAUGCCACGGAUGUUAAUUCCUCUGCUCUUCAUGUCAGGAUGGUCAACCCUCAUUACAGUCAUUACCAAAAAGGUUCAUCCCUUGGGCGUAUCCUCGAUCCUACUUACGGUUCUCGGUUUCGUUGUUGGUCUUUCUCUUUCUCUACGCAGUUCUACCGCAUACGAAAGAUAUGCAGAAGGACGAAAAUAUUGGGCUCUCUUGAUGCAAUCAUCCCGAACAUUGGCUCGCAUUAUUUGGAUCCAUACCGAUGAACGCGAAGGUGAAGAAGGAAAAGAGGAUGUGCUUAGCAAACUAACCGGGAUUAACAUGAUCGUUGCAUUUGCUGUUGCCUUGAAACAUAAACUACGAUUCGAGCCGGAUAUUGCAUACGAUGAUUUAGCUGAUCUCAUUGGACAUCUGGAUACGUUCGCAAAGGAUGCCUACGACCCUAGUGCCGCCGACACUCGAAAGGCCGGUCGCCUAAAGGCCAUUGGACAAUACCUCAGUGUUCCGAUGGCAAUCUCCAAUCCCCGAAAGGCAAUCAAACAGUCGAAGAAGCCGCUGGGAAACUUGCCAGUGGAGAUUCUAUCGUAUUUAUCCUCAUAUGUCGACGAUAUCAUGAAUACUAAAAUCAAGCUUCCCGUCUAUCAAUCACAGGCCGGUACUGCUCUCUAUGCUAUGGAAGAGGUUAUGACAGGCACUGAACGCGUUCUCAACACACCCCUUCCCCUUGCAUAUACUAUUCUCAUCUCCCAAAUCACAUGGAUCUACGUUCUUAUCCUCCCGUUCCAACUUGUCGAGAACUUAGGAUGGAUCACUAUCCCAGGGUGCAUUGUUUCUACGUACAUUAUCCAGGGUCUUGCCGCAAUUUGCGCUGAGAUUGAGAAUCCAUUCGGCAAUGAUGUUAAUGAUCUUCCGCUCGAUAUCUUCUGCGAGCAGCUCGCCGCUGACCUAGAUAUUAUUACCUCCUCCCCGCCGCCGAAACCGAAAGAUUUCAUCCCCCGCUGUGACAAUCUCGUUCUCCACCCGCUCAGCAAAAGCGGUGCGGAUGCCUGGAAAGCACGCAGCGUCGAUGAUCUCCGUGCUGCUCUUAGAGCCAAAGCUACAGUUGCACCUGUUGUUGUGCAGGCCUCGGGCUCCAGGGAGAAGGCAUUGGGCGCAAAUCGGAUCAGCACCGAUGUGCCCUAA